CACACUUGAACUGGGAUGGUUGGAAUCCUACGAUUUGAAAUACAAUGUUGUGGUUAUCAAUAUCGCUUGCUGCCACUCUCUUCAAGUAACAUGUCUAGAUCAUCAGCGGCAAUUUGAGUCUCACAGUAAAGUAGUUGCCAUAGGGCGUUGCUUCAACUCAGGAAAAUUAAUGGCCACAGCUGGGAUGUUAACUGACAAUCCAAAAGGAGCUUACCGGGAGGAGCUUUCCAUCUCCACAUGUGAAAUUACUAUGACUGGAGUUGGAGGGCCCCUUGUUGAUUUUAAUGGGGACUUCAUCGGGAUGAACUUUUAUGCUGAGAAAGAGACUCCAUUCCUACCAAGGAUUAAAAUUCUUGAGCUCCUGUCACAGUUCAGGAAAACAAUUCAGUGGAUGGCUACAAAUAAGAAAGGACCUGGUAGUAAAAUUGAAACAUUUCCCAGACCUUAUAAGCCUGAUUCAGAAGACAGCUCAAGGAAGGGAGAGAAACUUAAGGAUAAGAAACCUUCCAUAUGUACUCUCUGUGAUCCAGAAUGUCAACCAGGACUCAUGGAUGGAUUAUUAUUAGAGCGGAAGUCUUUAUGUUCUGGGCGGCCGAGUUAUCCUUAUUUUGGCAUUCCUACAAAAAAGGAGCUGAGGUCCAAUGGUUAUCCCCUCCCAGUUUGGCAGAAUGUGGGCAUGCGUUUGCUUAACAAUUUUGAAGAGAAAUUUAGUUUAGAUAUCUGGAGUAAAUUCGAAAGAAAUGUUGCUUCAAAUAUGUCUGAAAGUGUUGUUGCAUUGGCUUCAUUCAGUGGAAAAACAAGGUGUUUUGCUUGCACUGGCGUAUUCAUAGACUGCAAUGGGUCCACCACAAGAGUUCUGACCUCAGCAAGUUUGGUUAGAACUUCUGACAACGAAAAUAAGGUUGCUGAUAACCUUAAGAUUGUAGUGUGCCUUCCAGAUAAUCGUCAUACCAGAGGGACAUUGCAACAUUACAGUCUACAUUAUAACAUUGCCGUAGUCCACAUCAAGAAUUUCUGCUGUACUCAGACUGCACAAAUUGAUAACCAGAUGCUAAUUAAACCUCAGAAGGAGGUAGUAGCUAUAGGGCGUGUCUACCAAUCAGGCAAAUUAAUGGCCACAAGUGGGAUCGUGAUUGACAGACCAAGUAAGCUUGGUUGCAAAGAGCUUAAGAUUUCCACCUGUAAAAUCACCAAGGCUGGGAUUGGAGGGCCUCUUAUUGAUUUUGAUGGAAAUUUUAUUGGCAUGAACUUCUAUGGCUUGGAAGAGGCUCCAUACAUACCAGUGAAUAUAAUUCUAGGAGUCUUGAAGAAUUUUGAUGCACAAGGGACUGUUGCUAGAGACGAUGAUGAUAGCCCAAACAGAUGGCCCGUGCCUAAGCCAUUUUGGUGCUAUCCCAAAUGGCACGAGCUUGAGGAAGGAAUAGAUGUGGAAGAAGAAAUUAUAUAUCAGCGGCAGCGGCAACAAUUCUAACCUGAUGAAGUGCAUCUCGAUGCAUGUGCGCCUAUCUUGUCCUCAAGCUGCUGAUCCAGUUGAAGCACAAGCUGAUCAUGUCUAGCAAGUAUGAAGUGUUUGUAACUUCCCUAAUCUGAACCCUGAAAUACUAGCUUACGACCGUACGCCGCUUGAUGUGAUGGACCUAGAUGCCUUUUCCGGUAAAAAAAGUGAUCGAUGCACGUGUACUAAGGCCGUUAAGGCACGCGUUGGGGAGACUGUCUUAUUUUUUGGCAGUACUAAGUUUGUUUGCAGCUGUGGUUGUGAUUUUUAGGCACAGUGAUGAACAGUUGUCGUAAGAAACAUCGGUACAACGUACAAGUCUGACCCCAACGACUAGGUUGGUGACCUGCAUCUCUUGGCA